UUUGAACAGGAUUCAGCUUACUGCCACAUAUCACUUUCUUCUUAUAUCAUGUUUUUGAUUCCCUUUUUUUGUUAUUCAUUCCUCGUGCCAUUUAAGCCAGGGCGGCUGUUCUUAUAGACUGACAUGCACAUGCGAGCAACACGACGACGAAACCAGGUUUGGAGAAUAGAAAUGGCACGGAGGCUUUGUUUUUGGCUGUUCCAAAAUCUUUUCCAUUGGGCAUCUUGCGUUUUUUGGAGUCAACUAACGGCCCCCCUUUUUUUUGUCUUAGAUUCUUGUGAAAUGUUUUUUGUUUUUCUUUUUCCUUCUUCUUUUACCUGUGCAUUUUUGGUAUGUACUUACAGCAAGCCUACGACUACGAUCUGAUUUCUAUCACUGAUGAUGCUUUAUUAAUGGACCGGGAGUUGGAUUGGUUUUUCUUUUCAUCUUGAUCUAUAGCCAGAGACAUUGACACAAUUUGAAAAAUUUGGUCAACUUCC